GGGAAUGAAGGUCACGCUCCCGGACGGAGAACCUCUCACUAAUAAAAUAUGAAUAGAAAUGUUGUAAGAAAAAACCUCCAACGUGGCCGAUCGAGAAUUUGCGAUUUUUAUAGUGUUUUGGCUCUUUAGGGUUUUAGGCUUUUAUCCGUUUAGGGUUUAAGGUUUUCAUCCAUAGAUGAAUUCGCUGCCUGCACACCAGUGAGAACAGACGAGUAUCAUCGUUGACCUCUAGUGUCCGAGGGGCUUAGGGUUCUUGGGUUCUCGAUUUCUUGUCAGAUACAGUUGAGUGCUCGUCAUGUGGGCACUUGGCAGAGCUGCUAAUCCUCUGAGGAGUCAAGGAUGCCAUGUAGGGGCCAUUCGAGCUUGUUGCUCUAAAUUCAUUGUACAAAGUGAUUAUAUAGAGAAUGCAGUGGGUACCAUUGAGCCUACUGAAUUGGUAGCUGGUGGGGGUCUUCUUCCUAAGAGGCUUUAUCAUUCGCCAUCUAUUCAUGUGUACCUUCAUCCAGGGAGUCGUAGUCUCUCUUCUCAAGCUGGUGCAAAGAGUAGUGGGGAUGAAGAAGACUUGGAAGAUGGAUUUUCUGAACUUGAAGCACCGGCUAGCGUGGAUUCCAUUGAGGAGGCCAACACAGGGGAGGAAAUUGAUGAGGAGUUAGUGUCUGGGCCAGAGCUAUCGGAUGUUGAUUCUGAAGAGAGUUUAGCUGAAGCCUCUCAGAUUGAGCUUGACUCUGAUGCAGAGGCUGGUGAAACUGAUCAGGAGUCAAAGAAGAAAAGGUUUCCCCAGGGUUUAUUCAGGGCACUUAUGAAUGCUCCUCAUGUAGAAAGUGCCCUUGAUAGGUGGGUUGCAGAAGGGAAUCCAUUGGGUCGGGCUGAGAUAUCAGUUUGCAUGCUUAAUUUUCGGAAGCGCAAGAUGUUUGGAAAGGCGUUGCAGCUCUCAGAGUGGUUGGAGAAAAACAAGCAGUUCGACUUUGUUGAGCGAGAUUAUGCUGCUCGCCUUGAUUUGAUAGCCAAAGUACGUGGCCUCCAUAAGGCUGAGCAGUACAUUGGGAAGAUCCCAGAAUCUUUCAGGGGUGAAAUAAUUUACAGAACCCUUUUAGCUAACUGUGUCACAGCUACCAAUGUGAAGAAAGCAGAGGAAGUGUUCAACAAAAUGAGGGACCUUAACUUUCCAAUCACAACAUUUGCUUGCAACCAGCUGAUCCUUCUCUACAAGAGGUUUGACAAGAAAAAGAUAGCUGAUGUCCUAUUGUUGAUGGAGAAUGAAAAUGCCAAGCCAACUCUAUUCACAUACAGGCUCCUAAUAGACACGAAAGGGCAGUCCAAUGAUAUUACAGGUAUGGAGCAGGUGCUGGAGACCAUGAAGGCUGAAAAGAUUAAACCUGAUAUCUUUACACAAUCUGUACUGGCGAAGCAUUAUAUUAGUGGUGGCCUCAAUGAGAAGGCAGAGGCAGUUUUGAAGGAGAUGGAGGGAUGCGGAUUAGGGGAGAAUCGUGGGGCCUGCAGGAAUUUACUGCCACUUUAUGCAUCCCUUGGCAAGGCUGAUGAUGUGAAGAGAGUCUGGAAGGUUUGUGAGUCACAUCCCCAGCUUGAGGAGUGUGUAGCUGCCAUCGAAGCUUGGGGAAAGCUCGGGAAGAUAGAGGAGGCAGAAGCGGUCUUUGACAAGAUGUGCAAAACUUGGAAGAAGCUCCACUCGAAGAACUAUGCCGCACUAUUGAAAGUUUAUGCAAACCAUAAAAUGCUGUCCAAAGGGAAAGAUCUUGCAAAGCAGAUGGCAGAUAGUGGAUGCCGGAUUGGUCCCUUGACAUGGGAUGGGCUUGUGAAACUUUAUGUGGAGGCUGGGGAAGUGGAGAAAGCAGACUCAAUCCUGCAGAAGGCAGUUCAGCAGAGCUCGAUGAAGCCGUUUUUUAACUCUUACAUGGUCAUAAUGGAUCAAUAUGCCAAAAAGGGUGAUGUCCAUAAUGCUGAGAAGAUGUUACACAGGUUGAAACUGGCAGGAUAUGUUGGUCGGAUCCGGCAGUACCAAACUCUUCUACAGGCCUACAUUAAUGCCAAAACUCCAGCUUAUGGGCUCAGGGAGAGGAUGAAGGCAGACAACAUAUUCCCGAAUAAAGCAUUGGCAGCGCAGUUGGCGCAGGUAGAUCCGUUUAAAAAGACAGCGAUGUCAGAUCUGCUUGAUUGAUGAUAGAGCUGAGUGAACUUCUCUGAUAUUGUUACCCGACCAGCGUAGAUGUACCAUGUUCUCUCGGGGGCAGAGCUUUUUCCCAGUUGCUGUGCUAUUCGGAUUUCGUAUUACAAGUUGUAGGUUUUUUCAGUGUGAAGAUUUAGGUCUAGUGAUGAUAAAGAAAUGGUAUUCUUCAUCUCUCCUCUUACAAUUUUCCCCCACUUCUGUCAACCUGAAAUGUACAACUCUCUAAAUGUUCUGUCUACCUUGUCUCAGAUGGAAAAUUUAGGAUUGUUUAAAAAGUCUCACUUCAAUGGUUUAUUGCAUUACUAUUUUUGUGCCUUUA